AACCUCAUUCCCAUUGCUGCCAUGUCCCUCGCGCAGUACACGAUUGUGAAACAGCUCGCCCCAGCCAUUUACGGCAAGGUGCUGUUGUGCGUGGACAACACCACGAUGGCGAAGGUCGCAGUCAAGUGCAUGUCGACCCAGGCGAUCGCAAAGAAACGGUCGAUUAAGGGCAACCAUGCCGUCCACGAGGACGCAACGAUGGAGCGCAAGGUCAUGCACAAGCUCAGCGACAGUGGUUGUCAUCCCAACAUCCUUCAGCUCUUGAAGGACUUCCAGGAGAACGGCCAAGACCACUUGGUCCUCGAGUACUGCUCCCAAGGCGAACUGUUUGACCUCGUCAUUAACUGCCCCAACGGCCGUCUCUCGCUCAAGCAAUCCCAGGAGUAUUUCUUCCAAAUUGCGAGUGCCGUCUCCUUCAUGCACGCCCGCGGCGUAGCGCACUGCGACCUGUCCCUCGAGAACGUGCUAGUGAACAGCCAAGGCGAGUGCAAAUUGUGCGACUUUGGCCUGGCCACGGACCUGCACAAGGUAAAAGUCGAUGCCGUUGGCAAGUUUUUCUACAUGGCGCCAGAAAUGUACCUCAAAUCGUGCUUCGCCCCUGGCCCGGCCGACGUCUGGUCGCUUGGCAUCAUGCUGUUCAUCAUGGUCACGGGGACGCCGCUGUUCAAGAAGGCCAAUGACGACGACCCGACCUUUGACUACUUCCAGGAGAACGGUCUACGGUGCAUGUUGGCUUGGUGGAAUAUGGAUCACUUGUUUCCCGAGUCUGUCUUGGACUUGUUGGAGCGCAUGCUUGAAGUGAAUCCGACCAAGCGCAUGACGAUGCAGCAGCUCAUGGCGUCCGAGUUCAUGCAGCCGAUAAGUGACCCCUCGCUGUUUCAUGCAUGAGACCAGUUGCUGCUGUCGCCGUCGUAUGCCUUGUUCCAAGGCAUGACAUGGACGACGCUCCCCCGCAGCUCGUCGGUCUGUGGUUUUGUUUGUGUAUGCGUGGCCAUUUUGGAAGGUCCCGGCCACCUCUAUUUAUUAAAAUCAUCAACUUCCGAGUACAACCGGCGCGCGCUACCACGGCGGUGGUACCGUCGGCAUGGCGGCCAAAUCGCUGGAAACGUAUCCCCUUCACUCGAUAAACCUGUAACAUCAGUCUUGUUCCAUCAAGAAUUCUCAUCGUUCCGAUUGC